AUGGCCAGCAUGCACAUGCAACUUAAGAAAUUGGGCGCGAGCAUUGAAAGAUAUGGUGAAAAGCAUGGCUAUAAGAGACAGAUGAUCUGGCGACGGACUUUAACAAACAACAAUGUCUGGUGGAAUAAAACACCCCUUCUGGAGGUCCUCCGUGAUCUGGGAGCUUACAUCCGCAUUGGUCCAAUGCUAGGAAGAGAUACGGUCAAGAACAGAAUGGAGCGGGGAGAUGGCAUGUCUUUUGCGGAGUUCACUUACCCUCUCAUGCAAGCUUGGGAUUGGUGGAUGCUUUUCAAGAAUGGAUGUCAAGUCCAAGUAGGAGGAAGUGACCAGUAUGGGAAUAUUCUAUUUGGAGUUGGUGCCGUGAAAACAAUCAGCAAAAAUACUGUCCUACAGGAGGAUAAUAAUCCCUUGUCAGAUGAUCUAGACAAGCCUAUUGGUUUCACGACUCCCUUACUCACAACCUCAUCAGGUGAGAAGUUCGGAAAGUCCGCUGGUAACGCAAUCUGGUUGGACAAGGAUAUGACUUCUACCUUUGAAUUAUACCAGUUUUUCGUUCGCACUCCUGAUGAUGCUGUUGAGCGGUAUCUCAAGAUGUUCACCUUCUUGCCUAUACCUGAAAUCUCAAAGAUUAUGGAAGAGCAAAACCAAGAUCCGUCAAGACGGGUAGCCCAACAUGCUCUUGCUUAUGAAUUUGUCGAACUCAUUCAUGGCAAAGAUGAGGCGGAUGCAGUGUCUAUGCAACACCGCCAAUUGUUCAGACCACGAACUUCAACUGCAGAACCAACGCCCCCGCCUCGUACUGCAUCACCCGGCAAUCCCAAAUCUUCAUUGUCUGGUUUUGUCAAUCCGCAGUCUGGGAAUCCACACGCACCUCAAACAAACUUUGCCAAUAUGCCGUCUGCGCGGGUAACUCUCCCUAAAUCCCUUGUCUACGACAAGACGUUCAGCAAGGUUCUUUGGUCCGCCGGUCUUGUGGCGUCCAAGAGUGAGGGUCAACGAAUUAUCAAUAAUAACGGUGCCUAUGUGGGAAGUCGUCCAGGGGUCAAGAAGAACGAGCCUGGUGGGGGAAUGCCAGAUGACUUAACCUUUACGCCAAUUAAGACUUGGAAUGCCUCAAAAACACAGGAGUUUAUCAUCGAUGGCGACCUGCUCAUCUUAAAGUUAGGAAAAUGGAAGAUGAAGCUGGUGAGUAUUGUCAGCGAUGAGAAGUUCAAAGAGCUGGGUCUCACGGCUCCUGGCUGGGAUGAAGUCGUUGGCAAGGGCAAGGAAGAGCCAUCUCCCUGA